AUGCGAUCCAGCAAUAGCCAUGAGUGGGAGAAUCCUCUCCCACCGACUUGUUCCGCUGGUGCGGGGACUGGUCUUGCACGUCAUCUACAUAAUGCAGGAGCCCGAACCGGUGGCCUCUUGCGGGCUAAUGCUAGCACUACUUUGAGAGGGCGUGCUUGGCCCAUCGGUUCGAAUGGUAUUCACAAUGUACCCGCAGUUCGGUCUAUUUCAUUUGCGCGAAUGCUUCCAAAGCUUGCACUCAAGCUUGUUCGUCUUCCGGCCAUGUUUGGAGGAGCUACAAUCGCAGGAGUGGCGUACCUUCAAUAUCAAGCAACUCAGGCUGGAAAUUAUGCGGUGGAUAUGAUCAAGGUCUUUGGGGAGACGGCAGGCAACACGGCAUCCGGCCUGUUUUCGGGACUGCAGGAAAUGGCAGAACAGACACAGCGUGGGUGGGAAAAGACAACCGAAGAUGUGAAUAUUCCCGAGUGGUUGCAGAAAGUACUCCGGCUCGACGAGGAGUCAAAAUCUCAAAGAGAUGGGUCGGGUGGUGGUGGUGGGAAGAAGCCACAGGAGGGCCGAGCAGUUGGAGCCGCGGCGGCUACUGGCGCAGCAUUUGGCUAUGACCAGUCGAGUGAGGCGGAUUCUCGUUCCGACAAAGAAAUUAUGGAGGACGAUCAAAUGAUGGUCCUUACCCGCAAAAUGAUCGAAAUUCGAAACAUACUUCAAUCUGUUGGUCAAUCCGGGACCUUGACUCUGCCUUCGAUUGUGGUUAUCGGCUCCCAGUCAUCAGGCAAGAGUUCAGUGCUGGAAGCUAUCGUGGGCCAUGAGUUCUUGCCCAAGGGUUCAAAUAUGGUGACUCGGCGACCGAUUGAACUCACUUUGGUCAAUACUCCUAAUGCGCAGGCUGAGUAUGGUGAAUUCCCGGCAUUGGGCCUCGGCAAAAUAACCGAUUUCACAUCCAUCCAACGAACAUUGACCGAUUUGAAUUUGGCGGUCCCGGAAAAGGAUUGCGUCUCGGAUGACCCAAUUCAGUUGACCAUCUAUUCUCCAAAUGUUCCUGACCUCUCCAUGAUCGAUCUCCCGGGCUAUAUCCAAGUGGCAGGCCACGAUCAGCCCCCAGAGCUGAAGCAAAAAAUUGCCGACCUCUGCGACAAGUACAUUCAACCUCCCAACAUCAUCCUAGCCAUCUCAGCAGCAGAUGUCGACCUGGCAAAUUCUACAGCGCUCCGGUCCAGUCGGCGUGUCGACCCCCGCGGAGAGCGAACCAUCGGUGUCAUCACUAAGAUGGAUCUCGUGUCCCCUGAACGAGGUUAUGAUAUUCUUACUGACAAGAAAUAUCCUCUUCGGCUAGGAUACGUAGGUGUUGUCAGUCGAAUCCCUCAGACGAACGCUCUUUUCUCUCGGGGCUCCGGAAAUAUCACCAGUGCUAUCCUCAAAAAUGAAAACGCUUACUUCUCCGCGCAUCCUUCCUUCCGAAUUCGCCUCUCUGGGACCCGUGAUGCCAUCAGCCAGGAACUUGAAGAGGCUACAUACGAGUUCAAAGUGCAAUACAAUGACCGGCCUCUCAGCGCAGAGUCAUAUCUUGCAGAGAGCUUAGACAGCUUCAAACACUCUUUCAAAGCAUUUGCCGAGUCCUUUGGUCGGCCGCAAGUCCGUGAGAUGCUGAAGGCCGAGCUGGAUCAGCGUGUUAUGGAUAUUUUGGCCCAACGUUAUUGGAAAAAGCCUAUCGAAGAUUUGGCUCCUAAGCACUCCACUUUGACGAAACUUGGUAUUGGUAGACUUGCUACCACCGUGGUUGCGAAUGCUCUUCAAAGCCAUGUGAACCAACUUCUCUCUUCGUCCACAUUUGCCUCGCACCCGGGAGCCCACAAGGAGAUCACAGAUGCCUGCAACAGCAUAUUGAAUGACCGAUUCUUCAGCACCAGUGACCAAGUUGAGAACUGCAUCAAACCUUACAAAUACGAAAUCGAGGUCGAGGACGCUGAGUGGUCAAAGGGACGUGAGAACGUGAGCAAGGUGCUUAAGGAAGAGCUCCGCGCUUGCGAAUCGGCUACAAAACACAUGGAAGAGCAAAUCGGUAGACGGAAGCUGAAGGACGUCAUGUCAUUCAUCGACCGGGUGCUCAAGGGGGACGUUGUUCUUGAAGGCAAUGGUGCGGGUGGUGCUGGUGGUUUUAGUGCCGACUUGCUGACAAAGGGCCGAGAAGGGGUCUUCCUUCGUGACAGAGCAGAUCUCAUCAAGAUGAGACUCCUGGCUGUUCGAUCCAAGCAAUGCGCUACGCAGAAGAACAAAUACUAUUGCCCUGAGAUCUUUUUGGACGUCGUGGCGGACAAGCUCACAUCAACAGCGGUACUUUUCCUCAAUGUUGAGCUGCUAUCUGAAUUUUACUACAACUUUCCGCGUGAGCUCGACGCGCGACUUGGACGCCAUCUCUCUGAUGAAGAGAUUGAGCGAUUCGCGCGGGAAGAUCCGCGUGUCCGUCGUCAUCUCGAUAUUAUUCGCAAGAAGGAGCUUCUGGAAUUGGCUCUACAAAAGAUCGAGAGCAUUCGCCAGUUGGAUGGGCGAAGCAUGCAUCGAAAAUCGGAUCGUGCUCAUGCUACUAAGGACACCCGCAGCCGUUGGAAUAUCUUCUAG